AUGGCUCUCCAACUAUUGAAACGACCUCGACCGCUUCCUGCUUUCAAAGACGAAGAAAAGGGAAUCUAUGCACAAUGGAAAAUUAAAGGAUUUUACUACCGAAAAGCGGGAUUUCCGAAAAUGUCUGUCAAAGGAGUAGCUAGAAUUCGAUACGCAAAAUUGGAAGUUGAAGGAAAACUUCCACAUUUUACAGUUUCAAAGCAAUUAGUAAAUAUUGGAUAUGUAGAAAAUGUGAAUGAUGAUAUUUUGGAUAUAAGAGGCUGUGACUUCCGGUUGCUAAUAUUUGGAGUUCAGCAUGUUGAAAUUAUUCGAGACUGGCUCCGUUUUCUGGUUAUAAGACAACGCAUUCCACACUCACUUAUGGGUCUUCCGUUUGAUUGGCAGGUGAAACCAAUACGAGAUGAUCAAGAAUUGCAACUAUCUCGCAUUUCACCGUUCCACUGCUUCAAAAUUUGGUGA